AAUCAUUAAAAAUAAUGUAUGUGCCUGUCGCUAACAUCAUAUUUCAAUAAAAUCUUAGUUUUGAUAUUAGAUUAGUAUUUCCCGCUUAAUGAUUAUUUUAAAGAAUAUAUAGAUUAGUUUUAUAAACAAUGUUAUUAGAGAUUAGAUACACGACUUAGAUUUUUAUUCAUAAAAUUUUACAAAGAUGGGUAUGACGGAUAAGUACAUUGUAUAUAGUAUUUUAGCAAUUUUUAUUAACCAAACUGCGAGCUCGAACGUAACCAUAACAUCAAGAACAGUUACAUCUUAUUUGGAACAGUAUAAGUCCUAUAAAGAUAUAAUAAUGAUACAUUUAAAAAUUCCUCAAAAUACACUGUUCGCAUCUUUCAAGUUUACUGCAGAUGAAACAAGAAUGUCCAUCUUCCCUUGCAAGACUAGAAAUGUUUCUUUAUAUAUGAAAUAUGGUGCUCCUCCAGUUGUUAACCCUGAUGGUUCACCUUUUCCUAAGGCUUUUAAAAAUGUUACAAGAUACCCUACCUACAAUACUGAAAUACAAACAAACAAAAAAGAAAAAUUUAUCAAUAUCACUUCACCAGAUCCUGGUUCAUAUUUUGUAAUUGCUUUUCUAGCAUAUCAGGAUCCUAAAUAUAAUGCAAUCAGCCAACAAGGUUUACGUGCGGACUGUUACUCUAAUGUAGAAGCCUCGCUUUUUGUUAAUAAAAUUGACAAUCCAUUGAUUGUAACACAUGAGAGUAUGUCCCAGCUGAUUGCUCAUCCCAGUGAAAGUCGAUAUUUCAAAUUUUAUGUACCUAGCCCCAAUGAUCAAGGAAUACUCUACAUUCAGAAUAUAAUUUUCCCAGACAAUGUUAACAAAUUGCUGGUUAGACUUGAGGUUAAUAAACCUCCAUCUGAAGAGGUUCACCAUAAACAAGAAAUAAUUUAUUCCAACACAACUCAUAGCAGAGUAUUCUUUUCCACAAGUUCUGAUUCAUGGCACUACAUUGAAUAUAAAUUUGAAGGAGAAAAUGAUGAGACUACCAGUGGCAACUUUACAUUCCAGAUCAAAUUUAUUUCUAAUGAACUUCCAGAAGAAUCUACUUACUAUGAAUCUUUGCAAAAUGAAACAUACUUCAACAAUUCAUUCUCAAAAACCUUUCAUAAUUAUAGAAUAACUGAUUUGGUUCCAUACAAACAGUAUGAACUUAUUCGUGAGGCAACUUCAGAAACAUUUUUAUUCUCUUUCGAAUUAGAACAAGAACUGGAAUCCAAAGUAGCAAUUCCAAUAAAUAUGACUAGUUCACAUUUUUCUUUGAUGACAUUCAAGAUCCGAGAAGGAACAGAUGUUGGUGGGACCUUACAAUUUAUUUUAGCUUUUAAACCAAGAACUUUGAAAAAUAAAAAAUUUGGAUUCAUAAAUGAACCUGAAAACCAUGUGGUGGUGGCUUGUAUAAGAAGAGGAGGUAUAGAAGUACCCACAUGGCCUAAUAAGUGUAUUUAUAACAGUAUAGAAAGUUCAUCACAACUUAUUUUAAAUAAAACGACUGAAAAUUCUACUAUUCUCAUACCAUACCCAGAGAGCGGUAUUUGGUAUGCCACAUUUAAACUUUUUUGUGGUGAAUGUGUGCCUUGUAGAUGUCCUGAAUCCUGCCAAAAACAGUAUGAACAAUGCGUCAUUGAUUGUGAACUCUCCUGUCCAGAAUCUGAAGAUUGCAAAAAAUGUACUACAAAUUGUAGCAAUUAUAUUAUAGAGAUAUACGAAUGCAAAGGCUGUGAUUGUGAAGGGCCUUGCUUAAAAGAUAAAAACUCCACUUGCAACACCAGUCUUAUUUUUGAUAUUGGGUCGCAUGCUUGUAUUUUUGGGCAAUGUUCAAGAAAUGGAAGGUGUAUAUUUGUAGUUUCUGAUGGAGUGGUAUUUUCUACUUGUUCCUGCAUGAAUAAAUAUAGAGGUUGGGAUUGUUCUGAUAAUACUCAAGCUACUCCAUACUAUAUGGUAGUAAUAGAAUUAUUAUUACUGGUAUUCAGCAACCUGAUGUUCCUGCCUGCAGUUUAUGUUGCAUUUAAAAGAAAGUAUUACAUUGAAGGUGUAACUUAUUUUUUUAUAUGUUUCUUUUCUACAUUUUACCAUGCUUGUGAUGCUGGUGAAAAUUUGCUGAAUUUCUGCCUGGUACGCCUUUCAGCUUUACAGUUUGGCGACUUUUUUUGUGCCAUAUUAGCCAUAUGGGUAACACUUUUAGCUAUAGCAGAUUUACCUCAAUUGUUCACUUCUAUGUGUCACAUGGUAGGAGCGAUCAUUUUAGCGUUUUGUACUACAAUUAACAAAACUUCUUUAUGGGUCUUUGCUCUACCAGUUUUUACGGGUUUAAUAAUUAUAGCAAUUAGUUGGUUUAUGAAAUAUCGUAAAGUUGAACAAAGAUUCGCCAAUAGACGGUAUUUGUUCUAUCAAAUACCAAUAGGGGUGACUUUAGUAGUAGUAGGUUUAGUUUGUUACGCGUUUUUACAAACAGAAGACAAUUAUAAAUAUUUACAUAGUUUUUGGCAUAUUCUUAUGGCUGUGGCCUUAAUAAUAAUAUUACCAAAGCCAAAUACAUUCCUUCCUGAAGUUAUUCUCUAAAAGUCAGUUGUUGCUUGAUUAACUUCUAUAUUCAAUAAUCCUGGCUUGUUAAAUUAAUUAUAAAUUAUAUUUAUAUUUAUCUUUUUCAAUGAAUAUUUCUUGAAAAGGUAGCAGUUUGGGCACUUGUGCACCUACUUUCUUUUCUACUUACUUGAAAAUAACCGUGAUUAUUAUUAGUGUAAAUAUUACCUUUAAUAGUGUAAUUUGCCAAAAAAUUCCCCUCUGCGUCCAGGACUCGUCCAUCCUUAUAGAUUAAAUUAUCAAUGACAAAACUCUGUAGAGCUAAUAUAGCUUUAAACGUGAAUUUUUUAUAAUUUUGUAACAGUGGAUCUCCUUGUUGUAAUUCAAUUCUACCUAUUUAUUUAUAGGUACCUGAAAUGUUCAUUAAGUUGCAAACUUUAUCUUUGUUAGUUUUUAUUAUAAUCUCUAUUGGAAAUUACUUAGAUACUCGGUUUUGAAUUUCCCAGAGAUUUAAUUAGGCAUUUUUUUGUUUUCUUAUUAAUUAUUCUUAUAUUUAUUUCAAAGCUUCUGUGAUUGUAGUAUUUUUAUAGUCUCGCCAAUAACUGAUAAUUUAUACUAUUAAAUAUAUUAUGUAUUAUUUAUUACACAUAUUAUUAUGGUAAUAUUUCUUUUAUAUUUCAAAUACAUAUAUUAUAUCGAUGAUUCAAUUUACCCAUUGAUUUUUAAUAGUCUAAUUGUCACUGGUCACGUGGUGUGCACUUUCUUGCUUCUUCAUGUACUAGCGGCUUUCUAAAUCGUCUGUGAUUCCUAUAAUCUGGAGAUGACGUCUUAGACGAUCAUCUCCAGUUAUAAUGCCAGUUACCAAUCUAAUAUCACGUUCUUUUAAAUAGGGCAGUUGUUAGAUAAGAAAGAGAGAAGGUCUAUCUAUGAGUGCCUUAACUAAUCUCAUACCAGAUGUUUCUUUAUAUAUCUACAGAGUCUAUUUUGCGAGCAGACUACUGUGAACAAUAAUUCUGGUUAUGUUAUGGACUCAUUGGUGGAUUUGCUGACCCUAAUCUGGCGAAUGAGUCAGCUUCUUGCUAAUUCUUUUAAUUUUAUCUGUUUAUUAAUAUAUUAUAUUUACAUAAAUUUAAUUCUUAAUCUCCUCUAAAUUUUCAUAAUUCCCCUCCAGACUUCCUUAAUUUUCUCAGAUAUUUACAUUUUUUAGUGGAGUUUCUUGUCUGGUCAUUUAUUAAAUUGAAAUUAUUUUAUUUAUUAUAGUUAAAAUAGUCAUAUGAAAAUGUUGUAUUUUUUUAAUUCAAUAUUGAAAAGAAAUUUUUCCAUAUGUUUGUAUAAAAUAAUCUUGAUUUUUUUUUCAAAGAAAAGAUCUUGAUGAAGAGCGAUAUUAGAUUGAAGCGUCAAAAAGCUUUUCCAUAAAAAAUUAGAUUACUAACAGGCACGAUAGUGAAUAGGGCGAUUAUGAAAAGUAAUUUGAAAAACAGGAUUUAUUAAUUUUAAACAUACCAAUUUACACAAUUACAUCUAAUAAACAAUACAUUCCGAUGACUUCCUCUAUUCUGAAAAGUAAUAUGCAAACCAAAAUGUCUCUGUUCUUGAUAAUUAAGGCUAUAAAAUGACUGUAGUGGCGUUCUACUACAUUCACUGUAUCCACAUAUUUCCUCGAUGUUGCUUGAUUGAGAUUAGAUUCUGAUGAAGGAUAAUAUAGUGCUGGAAUGUAAAUGUACAAUAUAUCAAAUUGAAAGUAUUUAUUCAAUAGAAUGUAAUAAAAAUUAAAUAUAUAAUAAAAACCUCGCAAUACAGGAUAUUUAAAAAUGUAUGUAUGUAUGAUAAAAGUUUGCAUACCUCUGGUACAGUAUCGUUGGAUAUGAAAUUAAUUUGGUUAACGUAAAUCGAUAACAUUGUAAUGAGUAUAUCUUAUCAAAUGUUGUAAACUUGUAAAUUUAUAAACAAGCACAGAAUAUAUACAGUUUUUUGUCUUUACUAAAGAAUACCUAACGACAAGAACUUACGAUAGCUAAAUUUGUGUUUGAUGUUUGAACCGCCAUACAUAACGAAAUCUUAGCUUCACCUAUAUUAUUUCCAAUUGAUUUUUUAGAAAUGUAUGAUUAUUACCAUAAGGAAAUUUUAAAUCUAAAUACUUUACAGAAAGUUUCUUGUCCCUAGGUAUUUCAUGUCAAUAUGUAUAAAUGUAUCUCUUUAUUAACUGUGAUAGGUUGGCUAACUAUUGUAUUACAUUUAAGAAUAUUACUGUUAUUUGCUAAGAAUAUAUAGUGACUGUUAUAUUUCAAUUCUUAUGUAGGUAAAUGUGUGGCUAAAUUAUAUUUAGAGGUGUAUGAAUUUGAAUCAAAUUCAUCCAACAGCCCAAUUUCUCGAAAACUGUUCAUAUGAUAUUUAGAGUAUUUGGCAGAUGUCAGCAGUUGUAUAAAUAAUAGUUCAAAAACCUUUCAGAAUCUAUGUAGACAAAGGGUGUGUUAUGAAUGUAGCAAUGACUUAAAGUAUGUCGAGUUAAAAAAAAUUAAUAUAAUUAGUCGCAUUCAGUGGACAUAACACUCGCUGGCAAGACGUUUUUCAAUUAUGUAAAUUGUUUGUUUUUGAAAAGUGUAUCCUUUAAAUACAAAUGGACAUUAUAAUUCAAAACUAAAUUAUGAGAAUAAAUCAUGGUGCUUCAAUUAAUUUUUCUCAUCCUCUUGACCGAAUUCAAUCAGUUUUUUUCUGAGAUGACUACAACUUAACGUUUGAUCACAGUUGAAUUAACAAACUUCUCGUCCUGUUCUGUCUCAGUUUUUGACCACUUUUCUCACGUUUCAGCUCCGCUACCGUUACCUAACACAAAUUGUGUCACCGAACGAUUCCGCUAGGGUCCUGUAACAGUUGCCCAACGGUUUCUUCCGCUGAAUGCCAUCAUUGACUCGAGUAGUUUAUUAUUGUAAAUUUCAACGAAAUAAUAUAGUAAACAUAACCUAAAAGACAUUUACCCUGAUGCUAUUUAACAUAUUUCGAUGGACACUUUUCGUAUAUACAUAUUAUUUUCCUUCUCUCUACAUUCCACGUAUGCUUAUUCUUAUUAUAAAAAGUAUUUCGUCUUUCCAAUCAGCUCCAGUCACGUUACUAAAAAAAAAAUUUGUUUUAACCGAGACUACUGGUAUAUUACAUUACAUAGAUUAUAUUUAGUCAAGUUCCUUUUAAAAUUUCAUUGUUUUCUAUGUCAUAAGCUGAAUUAAAUUUGGUUUAUGUUGUGGAAACGAAUUUACAUCAAUCAUUAUGUUGUGAAAAUUAAUUUUUAAUUUGGAAUUUAUAUAUUAAAUAAGGCAAAUAUUUAUGCUGCCAUAUAUAUAAGGGCUACUGUUUCCAUAAAUGCUACAAUAACACUUAUUAGAUAUCAUAAAUUAAAUAAAUAUACAUUAUGUUCUGCAUUGAGGGCUACUACAUUUGGAUUAACCACUAGCCGAGCCGGUGGUGGUGAGGUCCCCAAAAUGUAAUUUUUUUCAGGGCUUCAAUGCAUAAUCCUCAGAAUCGCGAAUCUUUUUAGAGGUUAUAGUUCCUACAAAUCACUACUAACUAUUGUUUUAAUACAGUUAUGUCUUAGAAACAAAACAGAACUGCAUAACAACACGAUGUGUUUUUUAAUUUCACUUUUAGGUAAAUAAAAAAUGAAUUAUAUUCAAUAUUAAUGUUCGUUGAUAAUAGUUUUUAAUUAUUUAUUAAGUAUAUAUUUGAACAUCUACCUCAAUACCAGGCUAAUGUAGAAGAGUCGGUCACAUAAACUUUUACAUUCUUGAAAUUGUGAAUAAACUGAGAGAUGCAAUUUUUAUAAAAAAUAAGUAUUUCUAAUGCUAAUGAUGAACAGUUAUUAGUAUUAAUGUGACAAUUCCUUUUUCUUGCUUGAAAAAAAAAUGUACGUCACACUUUACUGUUGAAACAUUCCUUACAACAUGCCAUGUGAUCAAAUUUGACCAAGAAAAAAAGUUUUUACGUAUUUUAAUUACAAAUCUUUAUUAUCGUGUUCGAAAAGGCUUCUUUCGAGCCAUUAGAAGCAUUCAAACGCUUUAUACAAUGUUCCAAUCACUUAUUGUAAGACUCAGCUGGGAUGGCCUUCUGUACCCUAAGCGAAUGACUUUUUAUGGAUUCAUGGUGUGUCCUGAAGCGGAUUUUUGAGUUUAGAAAAGAAGAAAA